AUGGGGAAUGCAAGGUCGGAUACGAGGAGCUUGGCGAGCGUGCACUACAUGAGUAUGUCAGGUGACGAGAGCAACUCGACGAUGUACGAGGAACCUCUGCUGGACAAGAGCAGAGUGUACCAUGCACCUCGCAAAGAGCGACAACUGCAGCAAGAGAGUGAGCAGGUCGACUUAGGAACAGUGAUCCACCAACUCAACAGCUUCUUCGCAGUCGUGUGGCCGGUCUCGAAUGCGAUCAUCUGCUCGAGAACGUACAUGUACUACCAAGAUAUCGACUCAUCCGAGCUGUCUACAGCUGAGAAAACAGAAGAAGCGCUUCUCAACGCGCUUCUGGUGAUUAUCUUUAUCGCCUUCCUCACAUUUGGCGUCGUGUUGCUCUACAAAUGCAACGGCGUGCAUCUCUUCGCCUGGUACUGCAUCAUGUACUCGGCGGUGUUACUUGGACUCAUGGGCUCCAAGCUCGUCGUCAUCGUUCUGUGUGGGAAUCUGCACUGGGUCAUCGAUCGCAUCUCGCUCACAAUUGUCAUGUACAACUUCGCGAUGGUCGGUGUGCUUAGUAUUUUUUACCAGAAGGGUAUUCCUGGAACAUUGGAGCGUGGGUAUCUCAUCGCCACCAGUGUCAUCGUCGCGUGGCAACUCGCUCAAUUACCCGAGUGGAGUGUGUGGAUGCUUUUACUCCUUCUAGGAUUCUGGGACCUUUUCGCCGUUUUAACACCCGUGGGGCCUCUACGUUGUCUAGUUGAUCUCAUACAGGAAAAGGGGACUCCGAUUCCAGGUCUUCUAUUCGAAGCAGAGGUGGAAAAUUUUCAUAUUGGGGAGAGACGGAGAUUCGCGACUCGAGAUACUGUACCAGAGGAGAUUUUCAUUCGUCGUUUGCUACUUGCAGCACCGGGCGAAAGUGUGCUUCAAGGCCACGGAGCAGUUAGCGUUGACCUGUUUCGACGGCAAGUUCAUUCUUUUCUGUACGACCAGAACUCGCAGUGUCAGAACCGAAGUGAAGAACUUGCUACGAGGUUUGAGCGCAACCAGCUGCGUCUGUGGCGAAAUCUGUACUCUUACUACUGCGUCGACUACGUGUCCCAACAACAGCCGUAUCCAGACAUUGGCGCUGACAAAUCUAUCAAAUUGGGUCUAGGAGACUUCAUUUUCUACAGCGUGCUGGUCGCCCGAGCGUCGCUACACGGUUUCGACGUAUUCGCAGCCUGUUUCCUCAGUAUCCUCGUGGUAAGAUUGCUCUACUGUAGGGUAACUCGAAGAGGUGAAACCUAA